AUGGCCAAGGAAGAGCAACUAAAUACCAGCAGUCUCCCGAGACCUGGCAGCCAUUUGACGAACAACUAUACACCAAGCGAAGGUUCCACCGUGGCCGUUGCCUCUGAAGACUCACCGCUGCUGGGAUCAAGGUCGACAUCUCCAACUCUCCGCGAUGUCUCACCAGGUGAAUUCCAUCGCUCACGUACUGGUGGUGCGGUUGGGGCUGGGACCGACGAUGACGAUGCAGUUCAGCAUCACGUCACCCCGAUAAGGGCUGUGUGCAUCUGUCUCAGCAUAUGGAUCCUCAUGUUCAUGCAGGCGUGUAACAUGUCUGGGAUGACAAUGGUCCAGGGCAACAUUGCAGAUGACCUCGAGGCUUACGACGGCGCGAUGUGGUUCACUUCCGUCUACCUGAUCGUCAUGGCCUCGACCUCACCCCUGGCGAGUCGGCUGGCGACCAUCUUCUCCCUGCGCCAUAUGAUCUUGGCCACGGCAUGUCUCUUCGCACUUGGCGCCAUCGUCACAUCUCGUGCCGAAUCGUUUGCGAUAUUCCUGCUUGGGAGGACUCUGACUGGCAUGGCUGGAGGCUGCAUCAUGACCCUGUCCCUCAUCCUGGUCCUCCAGCUCACAUCGAGGAGACGUAGGGGCUUAUUUGUUGGCAUGGUCAACGCUGGGUUCACAGUUGGCAUCUCUGCAGGUGCUGUAGUGUUCGGUGCACUGCUGCCAGUACUCGGCUGGCGGGAGUUGUUCCUCGUACAGGCACCCGUUUCUCUGCUGGCUGGCUUUGGCGUCUAUCUCAGCAUUCCUGCGUCGACAUCAGAUGGCCUCUCUAAGGACAAGAGCACCCUGCAGAAGCUCAAGACCAUCGACUACGGCGGGGCUCUUUGCCUGACAGCGACCAUCGUGCUCUUCCUCUACGGCCUGUCUGGCACGAUCCAACCCCUCCCGAUGAUACUGUCUAUCCUGACGCUGGCUUUGUUUGUGUUCAACGAGUACAAGUUGGUGACCGACCCUCUCAUCCCACUGAGCAUCCUUCGGUCCCGGGGAGUGCUGCUCUCCUGCCUGGCCCAGCUGGGCCUCAUGAGCGCACGCUGGACGGUGCUCUACUACGCGCCUAUCUUCGUCCUCGCCGUCCGAGGUCUCCCCCCCACGAUUGCAGGAUCGGUCCUCAUCCCAACCAAUGUCGGUUUUGGUCUCGGCGGCCUUCUUGUCGGCUGGCUGCAUGUGCGGCGCGCCGGUUCUUUCUAUAUACCUUGUCUCGUCUCCAUCUUCCUGUUUGGCCUGGCCAUCUUUGGCCUGUCGCUGCUGAGCAAUGCCGUCUCGCCAGCAUGGGCGUACGUGCUGGUCGUGUUCUGUAACGGUUUCUGCACGGGCGCUGCCCUGAAUUAUACUCUAGCACACAUCCUGCACGUCUCGGCGCCUGGUACCCAUUACAUAUCCACCGGCCUGCUGGCGACAUUCCGUGGCUUUGCCGGCAGCUUUGGAACUUCGAUCGGGGGCGGUGUGUUCACGAGGAAACUGAGAGAACAGCUGACCAUCGGAUACGCAAGGCUCGACGCCACAGACGGUCUCUCGCCGGCCCGCCUGCGAUUCGUGACUCGGCUUGUGGGAAGCCCGAACUUCGUCUUCAGUGGUGCCCUUAGCGACGCAGAGCGGGACAUUGCCAUUCAUGGGUAUGAGGCGGCGCUGAAGGUGAUGUACACAUCUGCAGCCGUCUUGAUCAUCUUUGUCCUUGUGAUCCAAGCCGGCACGGGGUGGACGGAGCUGGCGGACCAGGAAGACGAGGAGGAGAUUCAGGAGGAGUUUGCCGAACACGACGGACGCAUGGAGGCGUAG